AUGGAAGAAAAUCUUAUUGAUUUGAAUAAAAAUGACUCACUUGAAAAUUACGCUUUUCAGAAUGCAAAAAAACAGUGUGUUUCAAAUGGUGAACCAAAAUGUUUUGAUUGUAAAACAAUAGGAUUUUGUAACGACAUUCUGCUUGAUGAUAGAAAAUUUAGCCUCAUCAAUUGUGCGAUACAAACGAAUAAUGAAAAUCCAUAUUGUGAUUUUGAAUUAAAUAAAUGCGUCACCUAUAAUACUUGUAAAAAAGUUACCAAUAAUGAAAUUGAACUAUGUCCAGGAAAAAAUGGUUUAUAUGCAGAUCCAUUGGAUUGUAAAAAAUUUCGAAAAUGUCAAACAGAUCCUAAUUCAGGAGCUGUAAUUAAAACAAAACAUGUAUGUCCAUCGCAGGCACCUGUUUAUCAAGCUAAAACACAAACAUGUGGAAAUUUUCAAUGUAUUGACAUGCAUGAAUUAUGUAAUGAAAAUGGCAGGAGGGGUAAAUUAAUACAAUUUCCAUUAUCACCAAAUAUUUAUGGGAAAUGCCCUGAAGAAACUGAAAUUGAUAAUGAAAUUAGCUUAUUUAAAUGUCCAAAAAAUUACACUUUUAAUGAGGAAGUGGUUAGCUGUGAACCAAAAUGUGAAAGUGAAGGAUUAAUUCAAGCAUUUUACGAUUGUCGUUCAUUUUACGUAUGCAGACAAUUAAAAUUAUUAGGAAAUUUUUAUUUGGAAAUACAAACAUGUUCUUCUGGUUUACGUUUUAAUCCAGAAAAAAAUAUAUGUGCUAUGUCAUACAAAUGUAAUACAGAAAAUAAUAACAGAAUACGAGAUAAUAAAUUUUAG